GAUCGCCAGUAGGUUAAAGAGAUGAGAACUUUUUCAGGAGAGCACAUGAGAACUUCUAAUGUGAAGCCAAGCCAAGGUGGUACCAUCACAGUACCAUCUCGGAUCAUUUUCUGUACUUUUUUAGUGUUUAUAACAGAUGGCAGACCAUCUUAUAGUAAAAUAAGCAUUUACUGAACUAAUAACAAAACAUUAUCGGACGUUUUUUUAUAUUGCAUGUCACCCCUAUUUGUCGUCUAAAGCCUGAUUCUAAUCUUGGCCACAUUAACGGUUUCACACUUGGGUUAGCGCAACUAUGUAACACGUGGAAUUAGCAUAACUUUAACUUCGCAUAUAGGGACCACAGUCAGGAUCUCUGCGGUCAAAGAAGUGGGUUACUGAUCAGAAGGUCUGGGGUUCAAGCCUCCGACCUUCCAUGCUCUCAAAGUUGGACCUUUUUGAGCAACCCCAUCUGCUCCAGGGGCACUGUGUCAUGGCUGAUGUGUGCUCUGACCCCAGCUUGAUAAGCUGAAAUAUGUGAAAACCCUUGUGGUGGCGGUUAAGGCUUGUUAAUGGUUGUUGCUCAAAGGAUCAGGGUUCAAGCCCCAGCACUACCAAGCUGCCACUGUUGGGGCCCUUGAGCAAAGCCCUUAACCCUCAUUGCUCCUGUUGUGCUGUAUCAUGUUUGACCCAGUGCUCAGACUCCCAACCUCCAAAAGGAAUUUAAUUGUUCUUUAAUGUACAUAUGACAAAAGCUGCUUCUUCGAACAAUCCAGUGCCAAACGUGUAGUUUGAAAUGAAGCCUUGUUAGAUGCUUAGCAACAGGCAACCAACCAGACCUUAAAGAGCACCUGUGCACCUCAUAUCACAUCCUCUUACAGUGACGGAACCACUGCAUGUUGUGUAAACAGUAGUUACAUUAUUUGAGGGAAAAAGUCAAACGGUGACAGAAAACGUGUCAGUUGGUGCAUGUUUAAUUUUUACAGUUAUAAUCAGAAAAGUAUUCAGGCUAAACUGGAUGGAGUAUUGUUAAUGAAUAGACUAAAAUAUUUGAAGAAGCUGGAUAUUAAUUAAGGCCUUUAUCAGCUAGGCAACAAAUUUAAAAAGGCCAAAUAUAUCGAUGUGCUGUAUUUAUCAAAACACGGCUGUUGAUGCUGCAAAUAAGAAAGUUAAGGAAUAUGAAGUGUGAAACAUCACAUCAUGAAGAUCCAGGAUUAAUUAUUAACCCUGUUAAUUAUUAAAGUGUGAAACGUUAAACAAAAUAACCCAGGAUCCUUUUUACCCAUAGUCUACGAUCACUCUGGGUGAAAAGCCAUAAUUAUUGUUUGGGGACACUAUGGUGUAGCGGGUAGCUUUGUGUCACAGCUCCAGUGUCCUCAGUCCAAUGCUGUGGAUUGUUUAUCGUGGUCUCUCUUUGUCUUAUGGGUUUUCUCCAUGUUCUCUGGUUUGUUUCCAUCCACAAAAAGCCAGAAAUAAAGUCAGUCCCAAACUUGAUCAGAACUUAAACCUCUCAUAAAUGUGAGGAAAGAAGGUCAACACUAGAUACGCUGAUCUGAUAUUUUCCUUCAGCUGCUCUGAUUCCUAAAUGUGACUGUUUGGAUGCUUUGAUAUAUAAUAUGACCUGUUGGUUCAUCAGGAGCUCUUGGUUACACAAUUCCACUGGACUACAAUCUGUUGUGGAAAGGACAUUAUUUAUAUUUACAUUAUUUCCUUUCCAGUGUCACACAUGAGGCUGAGGUUCACUUCUGAGUCUGGUUCCUCUCAAGGUUUCUUCCUCAUAUCAUCUCAAGUUUUUCCUCGUCACCAUUGCCUCAGGCUUGAUCAUUAGUCAUGGAUGUUAGAAAUAGUUUCUCUCUAAUGUCUGUUGUUAAAAGUGCUAUACAAAUAAAUUAAAUAGAAUAUUUCCUGACAAAUUCAUUUCCUGGAGAGAUUGUUUAACUACAGUUAAAUCAGACAGGAAAUGGAAAAACCACAGCAGUUUUAUUGUCCUAGAUAAUGGUGUGCUAUGGUCCAUCAGCAUUAAGCUUGUUUUUGUCUUUCUCUGCGUUCUCCUGCCAACCAUCUCUUACUGCUCUCUUCAGAUGAGUUCUUUCUCCAUUUAUAUUUUAAAACUUGAUGUCUGAUGACCUUUUCAGACUGAUCCCGUAAGCUGCAGGUAGCUUUAUCCAGACGCCACCUGGAAUGCGGUGACGUGGUUUUUACACAAGAUUUAACUUCACAACACCUCCUUAAUGCUUGUACCAAGUUAGCAGAAACUGCACAGAUGAGAUCAGACCGAUCAGCUGAUCCGUCACUUCCAGAGAAACGUGACAUUUACGUUUGCCAAAUAUUUUAUUAGGACUCGUUCAAAAGGGCCUGUUUAGCGUCAGCUUGAAGAUUCUGAGAUUUUAAACUCCCCACCUUCCAAUUAGUAAAAAACCAAAGUCUUAACCUUUGAGCUACAACAUGCUUAAUCACCUGUUCAAACCAUCUUACCCCUAAGGGUACUAGCUUAUGACUCUAGAGAUCAUUACAUAAGGUUUAGUGACCGAUAUCCUGACCAAUAAUUCUUAAUCUGUAGCAUUUUAUCUACAAAAUGCAUUUUCCAAAUUACCACUCAUCGCAAUAACCUAAAAGGUUGUUAUUACUUUCCAACAUAUUUUCAGUUAAUGAUGUGGCAUUUAAGAAUAAAUUUGUUCAGGACUAAACCCUUUAACCUCUUUCAGUCCUCACGUGUUUUACGAUUCCUGGCUGUUCCUAAUGAGAUUACAGAGCAUUAUGUUGUUGUGGAAUUAGUCAGCGACAUAAAAAAAAAGUGUAGCACUUAAGACUCGAAGUGGAACAGCCUUGUGAGGCAGAAAGCAGCACGUUGGAUUGAAUGUGAAUGCUGAUAGAAGUAUAAGCUGUAGACCCGAAACAUUUCUUCAUUUUCAUAUAUUAAAUGAGGUGAAUGCAAUAUGCAUGAACAAGAGUCAGAAAAUCACUGGCAGUGUUGAACCUUGAGGAAGACCGAGAAGCAGAGAAGCGAAUACUUUUCAGCUGCACUCUGUAACAACGUAUUUGAAUUGAAAUAUGGAUGCCAUAGUGAAGAAAUCUCUAGCUGGCUUCAUAUCAGGGGUGAAGGAUGGAGCUGGUAAAAAGGGGAAGGCUGUUAGAAGGAAAAGUGCACCCUGCUGUUACUCCCACAUCACUUAUGACUCGUCCUGGAUCAGAGCCUACCAAGCAGACCUACAGCGAGAAAGGAAACUGAGACAAGGCAUAUUAGCUCAGAAGAAAGCAGAGAGAACAGUUCUGAAGGUCCACUACAGGAACCCACACCAUUACACAAAAGCACCCCAGGACAGGAAGCACUUAAAAACCAAAGCCUCUUCAAAGAAAGAUGACUCUCUUUUUGGUGCCUUCCAGUGUUUAAGUCUGAAUAUAGACGACAGUGUCCGGUCCUUUAAACCUACAGCAGCGAGCGCAGAGCAGUGUAAAGUCAUGUAAAAAAGAAGCACAAAAUAAUCUGCAUCCAUUAUGUGCACAUAUCCUGCACCUGUUACAGCAGCAUAAUGGUUUCAUUGUGGUUGAAGCUUAGAUUAUUUAAUUAUUCUAAACCAUAUAUAUUGUCAUAUAAGAGUCAGUCAAAUAAUAAAUAAAUAAAUAAAUAAAUGGAAGUGGUGAGAUCUGCUUGCAUGGAGUUUGUUUAAGAAACAUUUAUAUUUACAGUUCAUUAUCUCAACUUUUUCCAAAUA